GCGCAGACAACUGUCUCUGGCAGUUAAAAAGUACCUUUCAGUCUGGAAUACACUUGGAAAGGGAAAGGCAGGAGAGGAAUUGUAUGGCUUCCGUUUCUUCAGUCUGAUUUCAGCUUUAUUCUGGUCUGUACAUACUUGAGCCUCAUUCCCUCCUUGGCACAUCAGUGUCUUCUCACAGCUGAAGACUAAUCUCUGCCAGUAAGAGCACUCUUUAAGCAGGUACCACAAGGAGGUGUAGCGCCUAGAGAAAUCCUCCAACAAAGUCCUCAGCGGGAUGAAGAGAGAACUCAACCUGGAGAUGAACGGCAUGGAAGCCAUCACAGCUGGAGAAAUCUCAGAAAACGGUGAGAAACGAGAACGAGGCCCUCCGAAUACUAGCACUGCGAUACCAACAAAAUCCCCCGCUGAAGAACUAAUGGAAAACAUCACCAUAGAAACCCAGAGCUCUGCGGGGUUCGAUUCGAAGGCUGGUGUAGCGACAAACAAGGCUCUUCUGAGGACGGAAUCAGACUUGAAGAAGUCGAGAAAUGUCAAGAAUCUUAUCCACAAAUUCUCGGGCGGCAAGAGUCCCCAGUCUUCACCGUCGGGGUCACCUACAACAACCGAAUCUUCCCCCGGCAAAAUUAGUACCGGCAAGCUCUGUGCGGAGAAGCAUACUUCGGAGACCGCGUUAACAGAGACCAAGAAGACAGAGAAUGGAAGUGCGUCCGGUCAAAAUCAGGUGGACGUGACCAAAUCCGACAAGAACGGCGUAUUGCCCUCCAUCAGAGUGACACCUCCUACGAAUAACUCAAGGGAAGCUGGAUUACAGGGCCCCGAUAGUGCACCAAAUGGCCAUCCCAAGACAUCCCAAGCUCUUACUGGUUCUGGAGUAGGUUCGGAAUCAGACUUUGAUCCAAACAAGCAGCCUGAAAGUCCUCCAUCUGAAGAAGAGCCAUCUCACCCAAAAGUCAGCCAGAACCCAAAAUAUCAGCUGUUUCUUGGCUCGGACGUGCUUGGGAACAGUUCCAGGGAUCCAGAUGGAACAACAAGAGAGAAUGGGCCCAGGAAUUCCCGCUGGGAGAGCAACAGUUCCAGAUCUGGGCCCAACAACUACCGCGGAUCCCUGGAGUCCCUGGCAUCCCGGGACUGGGACACCAUGUCGGACAAGAUGGACAGCCCUCCCAGGGUAUUCAACAGUCCAUAUACUUCUCCUUCAAUUGACUACACCCAGAUGUACAGAGGAGUGUCAGAGUACAAGGAGACAAUGUCACCGGGAACAUCUGAGUUCAACCUCUUUAGUUACAACAGCAGAAGUACCAGCCCCGUGGCUUCGCCCACUGUAGCCGCGCCCCGCGGCCGCUUCUCCGCCUACGAGACCUUGACUAGGAGGCGUGAGGCUGCUGCCAAUAUGCUUUCCAUGCGACCCGCAGCUCCCAGCAAGCGGGACUUCAUCGAAGAGCUGACCGCUCAGCUUGAUACAGUUCAGAAGAGGAACCAGUUCCUGGAGGCAGAAAGUAUUGAGCUGGACAAGGAGAGGAACCAGAUCCGCUUCGAAAUGAGGGGGCUACUGGUGCAAAUUGGGGACCUGCAGCGAAUAAACACCCAGCUGCAGGUGGAAAUGAAGAAGACGAGAGAGCGGAUAACAGAGCUGGAGACAGAUAACGGCAUGAUGAACGAGCGCUUCGGCAAACAGGAGUCUGAGCUUAAAGAAGCAAGGGAGAUGAUGGUAGAGGCCCAUACUCAAGAAUACGCCUUCAACUUCCUGCAGCAGUCCCUGAAGAACAAGAUUAAAGACCAUGAGGAAGCGCUCGAGAAGCAGACGCAGCAGAUGCAGGCGCUAUCCGAAAAGCUCUGGCACGCAGAGAGGGAGCUGGAGGAACUGAAGGCUGAGAAGCAACUGCGGGAGAAGAAGACAGGAGACCUUAACAGCACGGUGAUGCGCCUGGAAGCUGAGCUGGGAGAGGCCUUAAAAGCUGCGAGCCAGGCUGACGCCGAGCGGAGGCUCUACCAGAAGCUGAAGGACGACGCCCAGGCGCGGGUGGAGGAGCUGGAGGAGAGCCUGCUGGAGAGGGCACAGGAGCUGCAGAAAACUCAACAGACCGUGAUCCGACUGCAAGGAGAGGUGUCUGAGAAGCUCAUGGACCGGGAGCACACGCUGGAGGAGGAGAUCCAGCUGAGGGAACGGCUGCAGCUGCGGUGCAAACAGGCCGAGCGCACGGUGGAGGACCUGCAGAUGGAGCUUCAGGCCAUGGCGCAAUCCAAGGAGGACCUUGCCAAGCAGCUCAAGCAGGCACAGGAAAGGGCAAUUGAUCUGGAGAGCGACCUGGAAGAGAUGCACGACAGCGAACAGAGAUGGGCCAGCAAGCACAAACGGACCCUGGAACAGACAGAGCAGCUUCAGCUGAAGCUCAUACAGCAGAAAGACCUGAACGAACAGCUUGAAUGUGAGAAGGCCAUCCUGGAAAAGCAGAUCAGGGAGCUUCGCAUCGAGGUCCUGGAGCUCCAGAACAACAGGGUUCAGGAAGAUGUCGUCUCAAAGGCCGAAAACAAGGUCAAGGAGCUGGAGAACUUACUUCGUGUGGAGGAGAGAAAUAAAAUGAUGCUCACAAACGCCAUCGGGAAGCUCGAGAGAAAGAUCAACGAGCUGACGGACCAGCUGGAGGAGGAGCACAAACUGGCCACUGAGCAGAAGGAACUGAUGACCCAAAGGAUGCGCUCUCUGAAGCGCCAGCUGAACGAGGCCGAGGAGGAGGCGGGUCGCAAGGACAAGCAGUACCGCAGCGUCCAGAGGGAGCUGGCAGAGGAGCGGGAGGCCAACGGACGCUUGCAGAGACAGCUGCUGGACCAGAACCUGCAACUGAAACGAAAGGAGUCUUUCAUGAUGAGACAAACCCUGGACAGCUUCAGACUGGAUCUGACGGCGGAUGAGGACGCUCUGCUGAAAGCAGACGCCACCUUCAGCAAGGACUGAUUACUCGGCAAAGUCAAAUGACGUAUUACCAGAGGGGCGCGGAAUCUUCUAUUGGAUCAGCUCGCGAUGCACUUUCCAAUAUAAAGAACCAAAAAUCGAUAUUUAUACAGUUACCUCAAUAGCUGCGACCCAAACACAAUAUUCCGAGAAUGCUCUCACUUCCUGGAAGCAAAGACUCUCAGGCCUUCAGAUUUUCCUCCCACACAUGACAUGUUCGAAUUGGGGUUACCCCGUUUAAACACUGGAGCAGAGGACACUCCGCUUUCUUACGUGUUACAGCUUUUUGCUGAUGAACAUUUGAGGAAAAUCCUUUGUCAAAACAUCCAUGUUAACAAACAAAAAACAGGUGCAGUCAUGAAAUUAGAAAUGUUAAAAAUGUUAAAUAAAUGUAAAAUAAAUUAGAUUUUAAAUGACCAAAUUUACCAAAGUACAUGUAUAUAAGAGCUUUAUUACUAUUUAACUUUUCAGAAGUUUUACACAUAUUUUUAAGUUUAAAAAAUUUUGCAUGUUUUGGGCAUCGGUUGAACUGGUUGCUAGAAUCUUAUUUCUGGAAAAAAAAUUUUGACAAAAUGGUAUUUUAUACUUCUUACACUGUAAUCGAAAACCAAAUUCUCAUGUACUUAUCAAUGCAGCAAUCUUAAACUUUGAAUAUUUCUGUUGUGAAUGAUGACUUUCUUAAAAUGUCUUGGAUUAGUUGUAUAUUUACACAAUUUUAUUUUGAUAUAUUGGACUGAGGUUUUUUAGUAUCUAGUAUACAAGGAAAAUUUAUAAGUGCAAAGGUUAACUGACCAUCAUUCAGAAGCUCAGUUUACUAUUAUGGUCUUUUCAAAUACAGUUCAGAAAAUGAAUUACCUCGGUAUCAGAGUGGAAGAAAAAGGAUAAUAUUUUGCCAUUACAGCCUUCUUUAACGUCUUCUCAUUCAUUCAGAGAAUGGUCUUCAUGCCUGGGGCAUGGGAAAAGGAGGAGAAAGUGUCAGGUGUUUUCAUUAUUUUAUUGCCUUUUUUUUCUUCCAAGGCACAUUCUAAUAUGUGUUACCUGUAAAACAUUUGAGCUGUUAAUGUAAUGCCUAGAACACUGGCCUAGGCGUCACAGUUUACACAAGAUAAAAUCUUUAUGUAUUCUGUAAGAUUAUACAUUGGACCAGAAAUGAAGCAUUUUUAUUAAUAUGCGAUAAAUCUCUGCUAAGGCACUGAUAUAAGAAAAAAGAAGUCACGUCAGAAUAUACUGAUGAAUCUGUUUUAAACUGAUUUGGAAGUCUCAUCUGCUAAAAAUGUCAAGGAUGCCGACAUUCCCAGAAAUGGCGGACUGUAACCUAAUCUUUAAAUCUUAAUUUCACUUUAUAUGGACUUGGUGACUUGUACAUAUUUAAAUAAUAUUUUUAUUUGUGUUUUUUUUUUUU